CUUCCUUCUCUUCCUUCCUUCCUUCUCAGCAUCCAAUUUGCACACAUCUCCCCUCCAUUUGUGACUCCAUCUGAAUCUGCUCAUCACUGUCUCUCCUCUCUCUCUCUCUCUCUCUCUCUCUCUCCCUCUCUCUCCCCCCACCUCCCUCCCAUUCUCUGCCUCUGCUGGCGCAGCUUAGGUCACUUCUGCGUGGUUGACCCAGGCAGAGUUUUUCCGAGCGAGUGUGGGUGCAGAAGAAAGAGGAAGACAAAGAGUUUGGCCCAUGCGAGCGGCGCGUGGACCGAGUGCAGCUGUUUCGUUCCGAGCAGAGCCCAACAUGUGAGAAGAUGUCCGUUGGAGGUUGUGCUUGUCCCGGCUGUUCGUCAAAGUCAUUCAAGCUGUACUCUCCUAAGGAGCCCCCCAACGGCGGCAGCUUCCCCCCCUUCCACCCAGGCGCUAUGCUGGACAGAGAUGUGGGCCCUACACCCAUGUACCCCCCAUCAUACAUGGAGCCUGGAAUGGGGAGACCCACGCCGUACGGGAACCAAACAGAUUACCGGAUAUAUGAGCUGAACAAACGGCUACAGAACUGGACAGAGGACUGUGACAAUCUCUGGUGGGAUGCCUUCACCACAGAGUUCUUUGAAGAUGACGCCAUGCUCACCAUCACUUUCUGUCUGGAAGAUGGACCCAAACGAUACACCAUCGGCAGGACUUUGAUCCCGCGAUACUUUCGUAGUAUUUUUGAGGGGGGCGCCACAGAGCUGUUCUAUGUUUUGAAGCAUCCAAAGGAGUCCUUCCACAGUAACUUUGUGUCCCUUGACUGUGACCAAUGCACCAUGGUGACACAAAAUGGCAAACCCAUGUUCACACAGGUUUGCGUGGAGGGCCGCCUCUACCUCGAGUUCAUGUUUGAUGACAUGAUGAGAAUCAAGACGUGGCACUUCAGUAUCAGACAACACAGAGAGGUCCUGCCGAGGAGCAUUUUGGCUAUGCACGACCCUCAAAUGCUCGAUCAACUGGCUAAAAAUAUCACCAGAUGUGGGCUGUCCAACUCCACACUCAACUACCUCCGUCUAUGUGUGAUAUUGGAGCCCAUGCAAGAGUUGAUGUCAAGGCAUAAGACUUACAGCUUGAGCCCCAGAGACUGCCUGAAGACUUGCCUCUUCCAAAAGUGGCAGAGGAUGGUAGCACCACCAGCUGAGCCUGCCAGACAAGCUCCAAACAAGCGGCGGAAAAGGAAGGUGUCCGGUGGAAGCACCGUGAGCUCCGGCGGAGGCAGCAAUAACAACAGCAACAGCAAAAAGAAGAGUCCAGCCAACAGCUUUUCUCUCUCCAGCCAGGUACCUGACGUGAUGAUGGUGGGAGAGCCCACUCUGAUGGGAGGGGAGUUUGGUGACGAGGACGAGCGUCUGAUCACACGGCUGGAGAACACGCAGUUCGAUGGGGCGAAUGGCCUGGAGGAUGAGGACAGUUUCAACAGCUCGCCUGCACUUGGGGCACACUCGCCCUGGAACAACAAGGCUCCCUCCAGUCAGGAGAGCAAGAAUGAAAACUCCCAGUCAUCCCAGUAGAGUGCUGGGGUCUCAGCCAGCCCCCUCCCCCCUUCUUUUUUUUUUUUUUUUUUUUUUCAAUGAUUAAAUGCUACUGGUAUUCAACUGAGCCAACACACUAGCGAGAGGAGUCAGGGAAGGUGGCCUUGAGCACUUGUGUCUAAUUAAUUAAUUAAUUAAUUUUUUGUUUGUUCCGUCAUGUUAGUUUUUAUGACGAAAGGAGAGCAGUUAGGAAGAUGGACAAUAGCUGCUGGACUGAUAAAGCUCCUCACAUGAAGGACCGGGUCAGCAGAAUCCCACUCGCUCCCUCACAUUGUUGCACAUGACCAGUGGUGCUCAGCCUUGGCCCUUGUCUGCUCGGCUCCAGUCGGCCCUCUUAUAGGCGGGGUGGGGGGUGUGUGUGUGUGUGCAUGUGUCUUUACCCCCCCAACCCCUCCCGACCCUCCCCAUCAUAGCUCACCACAGUGUUUGAGCCGUAGUUGGCAUGUCCUGUUGUCCGAGUGCUCGCCGUGGCGACCAUGUCAGUGGGUUCUUGUUCCAACCUCGGGUCUCUCAGGCAUGCGUUUUCCUUGACGACGCACCACCUUGUUUCUGUUGUGCUCAUGUCACAGGGAAGAAAUGCUUAGCUUUUAUUUAACUUAUUUUUUUGCAGGCUGCAGAAAACUGUGUGCACUCUUUAGUAUCAAAAUUCAACGUUCGGUUUUUAAAAACUCAAUUAUUUGUUUUUGUAGGACCUGGUUGGAACAAAAACCUGUACAGUGCCGGAGCUUGAGGACCGGAGUUGAGAACCACUACGCUAAAUCUUACACACACACACACACACACGCAUCCAAACACUGACGCAUACAUCAACACACACACACACACACACACACACACACACACACUCACACCUGCAGCAUAUAACAUUGAGGUACUGGAAAGAGGUGGUACGCAGCAUGUCUGGACCAGAGCACCAGAUGCUACAGAAGUGUGUUUUCAUUUUCUAUGUUUUAGACUUGUUUUGAAUUGUUUUUAUUUUUGUAAACAAUUUCUAAAAAAUAAACCGACAGACAAGCAAGCAGGCAAACAUAAACACCCCAGAAUAUUCUUUGCACUGUUUUCCCGCUAUUUACUACAAUCUAUUUUAGUUAUGAAUUGACGGUGUAUUUCCUUUCUAUUAUUGCUAAUGUAAGAACUGUAAAACAUCUGGAACCUGCAGUAUAUUGAUGUAAACGUAUUGCUGUUAGAUCAUUCUCAUUGUGAUGGUAAUAGCUUCCAUGUAAGUCUUUGCUUAAUAUAAUAUCAUCCGUCCUCGUCAGCCACAGCGCUGUCAUAGUGUCCGCUGACUUCACGGCUAGAAAACCAGUUGGGGAGAACAAGGCCAGUGUUUUAAUACUGUUCUCCAUCUUGUUUGAUGUGAGUGAAAAGAAGCGCACUAGAAACCAUUUCCCCCACUCGUUCUCCACCCGGGGCCUGUUCUGAUUCCAUUGCUUGUCAUUGUAGGAGUGUUUGAUUUGUUUUGGAAAUCUCUAUCUGGGAGGCCUCUCUUCAAAUUUGCUACUCGAAAAAUAUUUUAAAAACAAGUUUUGACAGGAUUGUAAAAUAAGAAGAAAAACUUUUGUACUUACUUAAGUUUCCCAGAACUGUUUUUAAUCUCAAUUAAGGAAGCUGCAGACCAAGGAGCUACAUGUAAAGAUUCUUUAGAUAUUGAUUACACUGUGCUGUUUUUAUGACCAAUCAUUUUGUUGGAUUUACUCCUCAUAUUUGUGUCUGUGCUUGUAUAUUUUUUAGGUAGUAAUUUCGGUAAAAGUCAUUCUAUGUAUUCCUCCCUAGAAUUAUGAGAACCCCAAUCUAAUGUAAAGAGAUUAAAAGCCUCUUUAAAGUUUCUUUUUUAUUUUUUAAAUGUGAUUUUAAAUGCUACAAUCACUGAUAAAAUCAUUUUGUCCUCAUUUUAUCUAACUGUAUUUAUUUUUCUAUGAAUCGAUAUUCUGUUUAGGUCCAAUCCUCCUGUACUAUACUCAUGAUAUGUAGACGUUUUUUGGGCUGCUUAGUCAGGUCAUUCCAUUGCUUGGCAUUCUUUAAGAUGUGGCUCCCAGUUCAUCACAAUGGUUCAGUAUGUUCACAUUAAAGGGACAUUUAAUGUUCAUUUUCUGCUGUUGUAGAGACCUGGUCUGUCCAAACAAAAGUUGUCAGAUGACCUGAAAAGCCAUAAUCACAUAUAGUGCUUUUAAAGUUAGACCAAAUUGUGUUGGUAAGUCAUCCUGAUUCCUCAAGUCCACAGAUGUUGUUAAUGUUCAAAUUCGGAGCAAUCUUAACUGAAAUUUGAUCACAAUCACCUAAACCCUCAAUGGGAUUUUUGAUUAUUUUUUUUUUAGGUUUUGUGAUUAUAUUUUCUUCCCAGAUACAUUUUAAAUCUGUAACAAAUGCAACGUAAAUUUGUAUUAAUACACUUAAGUAAAUACACUUCCCAUUGACAUGACAUCUUCUCCUGUGAAGGGGACCACUGGGCUUGACCUUUUACCUGCUGGAGCAGGUUCUCCUGUUUACAUAAACGACAGGCUGCAGCAUCACGCAGGUAUUGGAUAAGACUUCAAAUUCACCCAGCAGGGGUCUCCCAGAGCACUAAACAGGCCGAGCUGUCAGGGAUUCUCCACCAUUACAGCUGACAGCAAUGCUCUUUGUAAAUCUACACCCAGCUGCAGGCUAUUGUUCUUUUUCCGUCCUUUCUCAUUGUCUCUUGCGGCACUGAAGUCUACUUUUGUGGUGUAUCGAUGGCAGACACGUAAUCGAUCUAGAGGGAACUUUUUAACACCUUGUGUUUCCUGAGUUGAUGUGAUUUAAGGAAUAAAGGUUUGUGAAAUGCGAGACGAAGCUGAGAUGGCAAUUCACCAAUAGCUGGCUCCUGUAGCGCCUCACCAUAGGGGUGGUUUUAUAUCUAUAUUUUUUGCCAGGUUUCUGUCAUUGAUGAUUUAUGUAUGGUAUCAAUAAAGAUGAAUUUUCACUGAA